AUGACUUCGCCCUCUACCAUCAAGCAGAGAUUCCUCUCGCAGCCAAACGAGCUCGGUGUUGUUGCUGUCGGCUUCAAUGGCGGCCAGUGCAAGCUUGGUGUCGAGGCUGCCCCCAUGGCGCUCAUCGAAGCCGGUCUCCUCAACCAGCUCCGCGAAGAUCUCGACUACGAGAUUCACUACGAUGGCACCGUGCACUACUAUGAGGAGCAGAUCCCUGCGGAAGACCCGGACCACCGCGGCAUGAAGAAGCCGCGUGCGGUCAGUGCUGUCACAGAAACCCUGAGCUCGCAGGUCUAUGAGCACUCCAAGGAGGGCAAGUUCACGCUCACCCUGGGCGGAGACCACUCCAUUGCGAUCGGAAGUAUCUCUGGUAUCGCGAAGGCGACGCGCGAGAGGCUCGGCCGGGAGAUCGGUGUCAUUUGGGUCGAUGCGCAUGCUGAUAUCAACAUUCCUGAGAUGAGCCCUAGUGGGAACAUCCAUGGCAUGCCGAUGGCGUUCUUGACGAGGUUGGCGACCGAGGAGAAGAAGGAUAUCUUUGGCUGGUUGCAGGAGGAACACAAGGUUAGCCUCCGCAAGCUGGUGUACAUUGGUCUGAGGGAUGUGGAUCGCGGAGAGAAGAAGCUGCUGCGGGAGCAUGGGAUCAAGGCGUUUAGCAUGCAUGACGUUGAUCGCCACGGAAUUGGCCGCGUUGUCGAGAUGGCUCUCGCUCACAUUGGGAACGACACUCCGAUCCAUCUGUCGUUUGACGUGGAUGCGCUCGAUCCCCUGUGGGCGCCGAGCACUGGAACCCCGGUGCGAGGAGGAUUGACCCUUCGCGAGGGAGACUUCAUCUGCGAGUGUGUUCACGAAACAGGCAACCUCAUCUCCAUGGACCUGGUCGAGGUCAACCCGAGUCUAGAGGCCGUGGGGGCUCACGAAACCAUUCGGACCGGAUGCUCGUUGGUGCGCAGUGCGCUUGGAGAUACCCUGCUUUAA